GUUCUACAAAGAUCUCAAAAUGCACUGGAUGCGCCUUGUUCUGGUUUUUCUAGUCGCUUCACUUGUGUAUGCCGAAAAAGAAGAACAGGAAGAGGAAACGGAGAAACGCGAAAGACUAAAACGUUUCGCUAUCUGCGCCCUGCGACCUGCCUAUGGCAAUUGCAGGGGACGUCGGUCACUGUGGACCUAUAAUAUCUACCGACAAGUAUGCGAGCAGUUCACAUAUUCGAACUGCGGCGGCAAUCCAAAUCGCUUCCACAGCGAUGAGCAGUGCAUGAAAUUUUGUAAAGGAUAAGUAUAUGUUAGAUGCUAAAUACAAUUAGAAAUUUAGUUAAAAUCAAAAGAUUUCUAUAUAAAUGUAUAUGUUAAAUUUCGAAUUACAAGAAUAUCGUUCCUAAGAAUUGGAGAACUCUAGCUGAAAAAUAUCGUU